AUGAAGUUCGAUCUACAGAAUACUAUUAUUCAAGGAUCGAACAAUCCUGAGAAGCGUGUUGUAUUUGUUAGAUGGUCACCAGACGGUGAACGUCUUGCAAUUGGCACCGCUGAUCACAUAGUUCAAUUUUUAACGAUAUCUUCCAACGAAAUCUCUAAAAUUCCGAUCAAAGCACGUGAAGAAGAUGCGAAGAAGGACUUUACUGUAACCGGUUUUGACUGGGCCCCAGAUAGUUCACAUUUUGCUGUAGGUCAAUCUGAUCAGACGAUUGCUGUCUACGAUAUUGGCCCAGCUAAUGCAGUUGACUAUCGUAAGAAAGUUACAAUGAGAGUUGCCACAAAAGGUGCGCCUCUCUGCGUUUGCUGGCCAAAUUCUUCAUCCGGAGAAUUCGCUUAUGGCUUAGCAGAUGGCUCAGUAUUCCUCGCAUUGACAAAACUAAAGAGAGUCGAAGAACUUUACCGCCACAACGCCUCUCCAAUGAGCAUGGCUUCGAAUUUAAGACAAAAUGCAAUUGUUGUUGGACAUCUUGAUGGCUGCGUUUUCAUGGUAAAUCUCGAUAACAAGAGCCGUGUAGUUGCUUUACAGUCUUCUGUUCCUCCGUUAGCCCUUGCUUGGGGUACACAAGUACUUGCAGCAGGCGCUGACCUUCAGAUUGCGUUUUCGGAUGCAAAUGGAGGCAGUAAGAGCGUCGUAGACUUCUCAAAUCAACCAGAUCUUCGUUCAUUUACAGCUGCUACGUUCGAUCCAUCAGGAACAACAGCAAUGGUCGCUGCUCGUAACUCAUUAAUGACAUUUAACUACUCUACAAGUGGCCAGAAGUGGAAUCAGACAAAUAAUAUUCAAUUUGACGGAAUUUAUCAAGUUCCUGAUAUUUCUUGGAGUCCUGACGGCUCAAGGAUCGCUGUUGCCUCUGUAACAGGCUCGGUAUUCAUUAUUUCAGCUUCAAUGGGAUCUUUCCGCUACAAAAAAUUGUUUGAAUGCAUAAAUGUUUCUGGAUCUCAAAUUAAAAUCAUAGAUUUACACACAAAGAAAGAAGUCAACUUAAGAUCAGAAUACAGAAUCCUUACAACUAAUUUCCAACAAGAUCGUUACGUUAUUGUCAGAACUACUCAAUCUUUCCUUGUUGGCGACACAAAGAGUGGCAAGACAUCUGAAAUGCCUGCACCUCUUUGCGAUGGACAGCCUCAAAUCAACGAAAGAUUCGUUUUCAUCGAUGAUAUCGCAGUUUUAGUCUGGAAUACAGGCGAACUUACAGUUGUUGAGCUCGGAAAGACAAAUUCACUCGCUUCUAUCCCUACUCAGUAUGCCAGUUCUUAUUUACUCUCUUUGAGGUUCAAUGCGAAGAUUGGCCGCGGAAAUUCGAAGAUCCUUGCAUACCUCGUCGAUUCUAAGACCACAAGGAUCAUCGAUGUUGAAACACAAGCCCCAAUUGGAACAGUUCAGAUUCAAUCUAAAAUUGACUGGUUGGAACUCAACGUUUCAGGCACAAUGUUGCUCUUUAGAGAUGCCAAGCGCUCCCUUUAUCUCUACAACCUCGUAACAAAGGAAUUGAACGGUUUAAUUAAUCUUUGUUCUUAUGCUCAAUGGGUUCCAGAAGCCAACGUUAUUGUUGCACAGAGCAAGAAAUCUCUUUACGUUUACUACUCUCCAACAUCACCAGAUGAGGUCAAAGUCAUUGAUAUCGAAGGUGAUGUAAUGGAUAUUGCCCGUAGUGGGACAAAAACAACAGUAACAAUCCAGAAUGCUGGUUCUACCUCACAAUUACCACUCGAUGGCGCUUUCAUUGCAUUUUCUGCCGCAAUGGAAUCUAAAAAUCUCCGCCAAUCCGCACAGAUCCUCAUGCAAAUGGAAGAUUCAUGCACCGCGAGAUCAUUAUGGGACGAGUUGGCCACUGCUGCUAUGGAUGGCCAUGAUUAUACAGUUGCAGAAAUCGCAUUUUCCAAACUUGGCGACUUAUCCAAGGCCAGAUUCAUCCACAAGAUCAACAAACUCAUGGAAAAGGAAGGUCCUUCUUCAUGCCAAGUCCAAGCUCACAUUGCAAUGUUACAAUCCAACUACAAACAAGCCGAAUACUGCCUUAUCGAGCACGACCGGAUCGAAGAUGCCUUUAACAUGUACAAAUCCAUGCAGAUGUGGAACGAAUUGCUCGAUCUUGCAGAAUUAAGAUGUCCAUCUCGAGCUCCAGCCUUAAGAGAUGAAUAUUUCAAGCAUCUCAUGAGCACAGGACAAUAUCAGACCACUGCCAGAAUGAAAGCAGCCAAAGGACAAGUUAAUGAAGCUGUUGAUCUCUGUUUGCAAGGCAACAAACCACAAUUGGCCGCCGAAAUCCUUCUCCAACACGAAGACAAGGCCAAUCCACAAUUAUUAUCCCAUGUUGCCGAAGCACUUUCCGGAAAAAGAGACGAUAUCGCCGGCCAAAUCUACGAAAAGCUCGGAAACACGAAACAAGCAUUGGAAAGUUACAGGAAAGGCCAUGCUUAUUUCAACGCCCUCGAGCUUGCCAAAUCGGCUGAACCAGAGUUAGUUGUUCCAAUACAACACGAAUGGGCGGAUUAUUUAGUCCAAACUGGUCAAAACGAAGCAGCAAUUGUUCAUUACGCCGAUGCAGGAGAUUACGGACAGGCAUUGAACUGCGCAAUCAGAGCACAACAAUGGAACCAAGCUGCAGACAUUUUGAAGUCAGUUUCAUCAUCCCCUGAACACAAGAACGACUUGAGACUUAUGUUCUUGAGAGUUGCCCGUCAUUUCGCAUCUCAAAACGAUGUGAACACUGCGGAAGACUUGUUUCUUUCUGUCGAUGCCCACAAAGAUCUGAUAGAAAUGUAUUUGAUGAAUGGAAAAGUCAAAGACGCACAGAGACACGCGAAGAGAUUCAUGAAAUCAGACGAAGCUGACAAACUCUUCAUUGCAACAGCGAAGAAACUCGACAAGAAGCCACAAACAAUGAAGACAGCCGAAGAAAUCUAUUUGGCAAUCAACCAGCCACAACUUGCAAUCGAAAUGUACACAGCUGCUGGAGAUAAUGACUCAGUAUUAAGAUUGUCACAGAAAUACGGAGGAAACAAACAGCAAUUGGAAGAUUUGGCAGCGAAAGCAGAAAGAGAAGGAGACCUUGCAAGUGCGGAAUCAUUCUACAUCAGAGCUGAUAAACCAGAAAAAGCACUGUUCAUGUACCAACAAGAGAAGAAAUGGCAAGACGCGAUGAGAGUGGCCAAAAACUAUGGAAAACCAGGACAGAACCAAGAACUACAAAUCGCUAUACAUUGGGCAAGAGAUAUCGGUGGAGCUGCUGGUGUUCAGAAGCUUGUUUCUCUUGGAAAAGUCGAAGAAGCUUUGUUAUUCUGUUGUGAAAACACAAUGAUUGAUUUUGGACAAACAAUCAUGGAUAACUGCAAGACAAUUUCCAAACAAGUUUUGAACGAAGCGCACUUAAAGAUUGGUUUAUAUCUCGAGUCUAAGAACAAAUUCUCUGAAGCAGAACAGCACUACAUCAUGGCAGAUGCUCCACAAGAAGCAUAUGAAAUGUACACACAUAAUAAGAUGAAUAAUGAUGCAACAAGAAUUGCACAGAAAUACGGUGUUGGAUCUACAACAAACACAGAGAAUUUCACAUCGAAGAAAGACAGUUCUUCACUUACAGGAUUAAAGAAAGGUCUUGCAUUGGAGAACCAAAGAGAUUUCGAUGGUGCAAUCGAUGUUUACUUGAAUAUCUCAGUCCAAGAUUGUGGAAGCGAAGGAAGAUACGACCAAGUUUUAGAUCGCGCAGUGAAAUUAGCAGCAUCAUUCUCACAACAGCGAUUGAAAGAAGUUGUUACACAGGUUGCACGACUUUUACUUUCACUUGGUCGAUCAGCAUCAUUAGGCAAGAUCCUUGAAGGAAUCGAAGCAUACACAGAUGCUGUUGAGAUCUACAAAGACGCGGAGAUGUGGGAAGAUGCUAAACGCAUCUCUGGAUAUCUUGAUCCACCAGAACAAGAACAGUUCAAGCGUGAUUACCAGCAGUGGCUUGCAUCUAAAGGGAACGAGAGCAAACUUAUUGAAACAGGAAAUGUCGACCAAGCUUUAGAGAUGAUUGCAUCUCGCGGUGACUGGGAUAAAUGUCUACAAGAAGCACAGAACCAAGGUCCACAAUAUCUUGAAAAGUACACUAUGAAAUACGCUCAAGUUUUAGUUGAUAACCAAGAUUUCGACAAAGCUAUUUCAAUUUUAGCUAAAUACUCACCAAGUACAAACACAUCAUCUAUUCCUGCAUACAUCAGUCUUUGCCAGGCAACUGUUUAUGGUGUUCAUAACUACGACAACCUUCCAAAGACAUUCUUUGAUUUGAGAACUAUGAUGUUUAAGAUUGUUCGUAGCUCAUCUAAUGCAGACAAUAAGUUGAUCAACAUGACACGUGCCGUUCAUUUACUUUGCAUGCGUAACACAUUGAUGCAGUUAGGAAUGAGUGAUUUAGCAUCCAAAGCAAGUGUCUCUAUAUUGAGAUAUUCCGAUAUUGUUCCUGCCGAUUAUUUGUUCUAUAAAGCCGGAGAAUCUAUGGAGAAAGAGAAUAAUCUCGAUGCCGCAUUAGUUUUCUAUAACAGAUUCAUCGAUAUUGCCGAUGCUUUGUCAUCUGGCCAAAACAACAUUGACCAGACAGCAUUCACACAAACAGACAUUCCUAAGAAUUUGUGCUUGAGGAAAGAAUUGUCCGUUUCACAGGAUAUCGCAGACCGAAUCAGCCAAUGGGCAUUGGACCAGACAGUCAAUGGUAAGGUUGACGGCAAAGUUCCAAUGGAUACAUGCCCUAAGUGUCACAGACAGAUGUAUGCUGCUGGUUUAGUUUGCAACAGCUGCAGAUCAUCAUUUGAUUUCUGCCACAUCACCGGAUAUCCAGUCAUCAACUCCGCACAGUGCACUGCAUGUGGUGCCACAGUCAACAGAUCAGAUUGGGAUAGAUACAUCUCGAAGACUGGAAGAUGUCCAUGCUGCAACUCUCCACAAACAGCCGGUAACUAA